CUCCUCACACCCGCGCUUUGCUUGCACUUGAACGCAGCACGCCGGGCUCUGCCUGCAAGUUGACAGAGAACAGCAGGGACUAUAAAGACUGUCUUCUCCGGAUCCAUGCAGCACCUCCAUGCGGUGCACGGGGAGGGGGGCUCUUAAUGAAUCACCCUCUGCAGUUGCUCCUCCUCAGGGAAAUGUGCAGCCUGCCACUGAUUGAGUAAAAGGUCCAAGUCGUCAAGUGCAGGUGCACGACCGGGUGUUGUUGAUUUUUUUUUUUUUUUUUAACACUGCAGGAUAUUCUUCCAAGUCCACCAUGCUCAGACUGGAGACUCUGGUUUGCACUUUUUCCGCGCUGUGCAUCGCAGCCAAAGCAGAAUUGAAAGCGAGGAAUUGCAGCGAAGUGAUGGAGGUUUGUGCAGCCAAGGGCUUCAGCUUCGUGCAUGUUCCCCUGCAGGAGAUCUCAGGUGAGCAUCUUCGAGUGUGUCCGCAGGGAAACACGUGUUGCACUCAAGAAAUGGAGGACGCCUUUGGCCAGCGGAGUAAACAGGAGUUUGGCGAUCUGGUUGAAGAGAUAAGUCAUGACUUGAGAAGCAUCUUUGUCUCCAGGCAUCAGAAGUUUGAUGAAUUCUUCCUGGAGCUUCUGGACAACACGGAGAGGUCCCUAAACGAGAUGUUUGUGAGGACUUACGGCAAGCCUUACAUGCAGAAUGCAGAGGUUUUCGAGAACCUUUUCGCCGAGCUGAAACGCUACUACACGGGCGGGAAUGUCAACCUGGAGGAAAUGCUGAAUGACUUUUGGUCUCGCCUGCUGGAGCGCAUGUUCACCUUGCUCAAUUCCCAGUACGUCAUCACCGAGGACUACCUGGAGUGUAUCAGCAAGUACACUGACCAGCUCAAGCCCUUUGGAGAUGUACCUCGUAAGCUGAAGGCUCAGGUCACCAGGGCGUUCAUCGCGGCCCGCACUUUUGUCCAAGGACUCUCUGUUGGCCGGGAGGUGGCUCAGAGAGUGUCUAAGGUGAGCAGCACUCCGGCGUGCAUGCGAGCGAUGACAAAGAUGUCGUACUGCCACUUCUGUCAAGGCAUGCCGGCCAUUAAGCCCUGCAAGAACUACUGCCUCAAUGUAAUGAAGGGCUGCCUGGCCAAUCAAGCCGACCUGGACUCCGAGUGGAACCAUUACAUCGAUGCCAUGCUGCUGGUGGCUCAGAGACUGGAAGGACCGUUCAACAUAGAAUCUGUCAUGGACCCCAUUGAUGUGAAGAUCUCCGAGGCCAUCAUGAACAUGCAAGAUAACAGCGCCCAGGUCUCCUACAAGGUCUUUCAAGGUUGCGGCCAGCCAAAACCCUCAGGAAUGAGUAGGUCUACCCGUGGCGUACCGGAUGUGUUCAACGCCCGCUUCAGGCCGUACAACCCGGAGGAGCGUCCCACCACGGCCGCUGGCACCAGCCUCGACAGACUGGUGGUCGAUAUUAAAGGUAAACUGAAGCAGUCAAAGAAGUUUUGGUCCAGUCUGCCUGAGGAGAUGUGCGCCGACACCAGACUGACUGCAGGGAAUGUCACUGAAGACCAAUGCUGGAAUGGACACACCAAGGGGAGGUAUUUCCCCGAAGUGGUAACGGAUGGCCUGACCAACCAGGUGAAUAACCCAGAGGUCACCGUCGACAUCACCCGUCCAGACACCUUCAUCCGUCAGCAGAUCAUGGCUCUUAGGGUUAUGACCAACAAGCUGAAGAACGCCUACAACGGGAACGACAUCUAUUUCCAGGACUCAAGCGACGAGGGCAGCGGUUCAGGCAGCGGCAGCGGCUGCACAGAGGCCUGCCCUACGGACGCGGAUGUGCCCGCUUCCGAGGCCCCUCUCGUGGAAGCAGACCGGAGCGAGCCGAUGGGCGGCGCCUCUUCAAUCCGCGUGCCCCAUCUAGGCCUUCUAACUACUCUGGCCCUUUCAACCUCGGCUCUCCACCUGCAUUGGAGAUAAUGCUGGGAGGAAAAACGGAUGGGGACAUACCAGACCGUACUCUGUCUGCAGGUGUGUAUGCUCGAGGGGAGAAAAAAAAAAAAAAGAGCAGUCACCCGUUGAUAUUCCCGCUUUCCCAAAGAAUGCACAGUGCCAUCCGUAGACUUUCACGGCAUCAACGCUGAUGCCGAUUCCACAAACUCUGCUGCAGAGAUUAAAACUAUUUUAUAAAUAUAUAAAAUACUCUUUGCACUUAUGACAGACAUUAUUGUCUGUCUCUGUGUAAAAAAAAAAAUAUAUAGCACGCACUUUCAUGGUUUUCUAUAUUUGUGUUAAAGGGGACGUUUAACUGUCAAAGCAUUUCAAAUGUUAUUGAUAAAUAAAGGUGGCACCAAAUGUUAUAUUCCAUUUGAAACGCAAUGGAUUGGAAUGGAAAUAGUCAAGGGUGCAGAAGUGAGUGUUUCCCUCACAUUUCAGCAGCCAUGUUUCAUUAUAUCAGGGCUGUCAAACUCACUUUCAUCGUGGGUCUCAUCACGUUUGCAACUGCAAAAUAUAUAUACACUAUAUUGCCAAAAGUAUUUGGCCACCUGCCUUGAGUCACGUAUGAACUGGAAGUGCCAUCCCAUUCCUGACCUGCGGGGUUCAAUAUGAUGUUGGUCCACCUUUUGCAGAUAUUAGAGCUUCAACUUUUCUGGGAAGGCUGUCCACAAGAUUGCGGACUGUGUUUAUAGGAAUGUUCAACCAUUCUCUUAAAAGCGCAUUGGUGAGGUCACACACUGAUGUUGGUCGAGAAGGCCUGGCUCUCAGUCUCCGUUCUAAUUCAUCUCAAAGGUUCAGGUCAAGACUCUGUGCAGGCCAGUCAAGUUCAUCCACACCAGUCAUCCAUGUCUUUAUGGACCUUGCGGAGUGUGUUAAUAGGAAUGUUCAACCAUUCUCCCAAAAGCGCAUUGGUGAGGUCACACACUGAUGUUGGUCGAGAAGGCCUGGCUCUCAGUCUCCGUUCUAAUUCAUCUCAAAGGUUCAGGUCAAGACUCUGUGCAGGCCAGUCAAGUUCAUCCACACCAGUCAUCCAUGUCUUUAUGGACCUUGCGGAGUGUGUUAAUAGGAAUGUUCAACCAUUCUCCCAAAAGCGCAUUGGUGAGGUCACACACUGAUAUUGGUCGAGAAGGCCUGGCUCUCAGUCUCCGUUCUAAUUCAUCUCAAAGGUUCAGGUCAGGACUCUGUGCAGGCCAGUCAAGUUCAUCCACACCAGUCAUCCAUGUCUUUAUGGACCUUGCGGAGUGUGUUAAUAGGAAUGUUCAACCAUUCUCCCAAAAGCGCAUUGGUGAGGUCACACACUGAUGUUGGUCGAGAAGGCCUGGCUCUCAGUCUCCGUUCUAAUUCAUCUCAAAGGUUCAGGUCAGGACUCUGUGCAGGCCAGUCAAGUUCAUCCACACCAGUCAUCCAUGUCUUUAUGGACCUUGCGGAGUGUGUUAAUAGGAAUGUUCAACCAUUCUCCCAAAAGCGCAUUGGUGAGGUCACACACUGAUGUUGGUCGAGAAGGCCUGGCUCUCAGUCUCCGUUCUAAUUCAUCUCAAAGGUUCAGGUCAAGACUCUGUGCAGGCCAGUCAAGUUCAUCCACACCAGUCAUCCAUGUCUUUAUGGACCUUGCGGAGUGUGUUAAUAGGAAUGUUCAACCAUUCUCCCAAAAGCGCAUUGGUGAGGUCACACACUGAUGUUGGUCGAGAAGGCCUGGCUCUCAGUCUCCGUUCUAAUUCAUCUCAAAGGUUCAGGUCAGGACUCUGUGCAGGCCAGUCAAGUUCAUCCACACCAGUCAUCCAUGUCUUUAUGGACCUUGCGGAGUGUGUUAAUAGGAAUGUUCAAUCAUUCUCCCAAAAGCGCAUUGGUGAGGUCACACACUGAUGUUGGUCGAGAAGGCCUGGCUCUCAGUCUCCGUUCUAAUUCAUCUCAAAGGUUCAGGUCAGGACUCUGUGCAGGCCAGUCAAGUUCAUCCACACCAGUCAUCCAUGUCUUUAUGGACCUUGCGGAGUGUGUUAAUAGGAAUGUUCAAUCAUUCUCCCAAAAGCGCAUUGGUGAGGUCACACACUGAUGUUGGUCGAGAAGGCCUGGCUCUCAGUCUCCGUUCUAAUUCAUCUCAAAGGUUCAGGUCAAGACUCUGUGCAGGCCAGUCAAGUUCAUCCACACCAGUCAUCCAUGUCUUUAUGGACCUUGCGGAGUGUGUUAAUAGGAAUGUUCAACCAUUCUCCCAAAAGCACAUUGGUGAGGUCACACACUGAUGUUGGUCGAGAAAGCCUGGCUCUCAGUCUCCGUUCUAAUUCAUCUCAAAGGUUCAGGUCAAGACUCUGUGCAGGCCUGUCAAGUUCAUCCACACCAGUCAUCCAUGUCUUUAUGGACCUAUGUCAUGUUGGAGGAGGAAAGGGCUCUCUCCAAACUGUUCCCACAAGGUUGGGAGCAUGGAAUUGUCCACAAAUUGUUGGUAUCCUGGAGCAUUCAAAGUUCCCUUCACUGGAACUAAGGGGCCAAGCCCUGAAAUACAACCCCACACCAUAAUUCCUCUGCGUACCCCUGUAUGUCAGGUUAUCUGGCCUUGCACUUGGUGGCUGAGUUGCUGUUGUUCCCAAAUCCUGCCAUUUUCUUAAAAUAAAGCCGACAGUUGACUUUGGAAUAUUUAGGAGCGAGGAAAUUUUACGACUGGAUUUGUUGCACAGGUGGCAUCCUAUGAUAGUUCCACGCUGGAAAUCACUGAGAGCGGCCCAUUCUUUCACAAAUGUUUGUACAAACGUUUGUAGAAACAGUCUCCAUGUCUAAGUGCUUGAUUUUAUACACCUGUCCUAAAACGAUUAGAACACCUGAUUCUUAUCAUUUGGAUAGGUGGCCAAAUACUUUUGGCAAUAUGGUGUGUUAUGCGUAUAACUUAUCUCGGUUUAUUUACAAUUGACCUUGUAUUUGAUUGUCAUUGCUUACCAACACACUAAUGGAGAACAUCACAAGUCAACCUGAUUUAUUGUAGAAUUUCAAAAAAGUCUUGUAUUUGACCAGCACAAUUUGAAAGACCUGUUGCAUAAAAUAAUGGAACAAUAGUCCGCUCAGAAUAAUACAUUUUUUAUAUGUCAAAAUUGAAAUUUCAUUUAGCAAGAUUUUUUAUUUAUUUUUUUGUAUUUCCAAGAUUUCAUAGGCCACAUAAAAUGAUGUGCCCCCCAGGCCUUGAGUUUGACCCCUAUGGUGUAUUUUCUCAAUCCUAAAAUAAUACAAUUGGAUGUACCCUAGAGUAGUUGGUGUACACGUUUGACACCCCUGAUCUAAUCCCUUCAAACCAGAACCAGUUGUGUCCCCCCCUACUUCUGAAGUUCAAAUCCUGUCCCUGCUGAAGGUAAAAUGCCAUGUUGCUGUGUGAAAGUGCACACAAAGAGUCAGGUUCGAACACUGAUGACAUCUAUUAAACAGACAAAGAAGCAAGGAAUCAAACAGAGACAGAAUUAAAUUUGGCUCAAUUGAGGAGAAACGUCUGGCCUGUACUCUUGUACUCUUGUACGCAUCCUCUUUUAUUUGAACUUUCCCUGAUUACAUGGCAACAGCUGUUUCUAAAGGAAGGGGGUCAUACAGCCGCUACCUUUGGUCACAAAACAGUUCAAAGAAAAGGUGCCUGGAGGGGAGUCAGGCUCCUCUCCGCUUUGCAGAUCUCUGGUCAAGACAAAAUCUUCCUGUGGAUUACAAUACAUCAAAGAAACCGACACCCUCAUGUCGCUCCCCAUCCUACAGAGAGGAGUUUUACAAGCCUGUUGAUUGGUAAGAUCAAAGACAGCUUUUGUCUGCUCGCCGGGAACUCAUUGAAACACACAACUUAGGUACAAUUAUUCCGACACAAAGUUUAAUCGAUAUCCCACGUUGUUGCAUUUCUGUAUAAAAGGUUGUCUUUUUUUAUUUUUAUUUUUGCUUCAUCAACACCCCAGAUGCAGUGGGAAAGACGUGUUUGAUUUUGACUACAGUCUCAUGAAUACACUGAUUGUAGGUUCGAAUCCCCAAAACGGCAGUCCCUGAAAUGUAGUACUUUGCACAUCCCAGAGUGUGGCAUUUCUAUCGAAGUAGCAGCACAAUAAUGCCGAAUGUGAGGGCGAUUGUUGAGAGUGGAAGCUUCAAAAAUGCAAAGAAAAGGGUCUUGUCUGGGAAGCCUGAAUGCUGCUGGAAGGCGGGCUGCGAGGCGACCACAGUCACCUGUGAAAUGAGAAUCCGUGGAGAGUGGAGAGCCGACAGGCCUGAAUGCCUCUUGUCAGCAGAAGGUGUGUUUGUGCACACAACCCCGAGAGAGCUACCAUUAGCUUGUCUUCAUCCCAUAAACAUGUACAGUGCCAAUUUAUAUUAAAACAAAUAUUCUGUAAAUCAGGGGUCUCAAACUCAAUUUACCUGGGGUCCACUGGAUGCAGAAACUGGGUGAGGCUAGGCCGCAAGACAAGAUGUCUUUAAAUAAUCUAAUAUGCACUUUUUAAUGAAUUCACCUUCUUUGAAUGGCUUAUUUUAAAUUGCCUUUCAAAUGUCUAUUCUUGCUGUUGGAUUUUAUCAAAUAAAUUUCCCCCCAAAAAUGUGACUUAUACUCCAGUGAGACGUAUACAUCAAUCAAUCGAUUAAUCGAUGUUUACUUAUAUAGCCCUAAAUCACUAGUGUCUCAAAGGGCUACACAAACCACUACGACAUCCUCGGUAGGCCCACAUAAGGGCAAGGAAAACUCACACCCAGUGGGACAUCGGUGACAAUGAUGACUAUGAGAACCUUGGAGAGGAGGAAAGCAAUGGAUGUCGAGCGGGUCUAACAUGAUACUGUGAAAGUUCAAUCCACAAUGGAUCCAACACAGUCGCGAGAGUCCAGUCCAAAGCGGAUCCAACACAACAGCGAGAGUCCCGUUCACAGCGGAGCCAGCAGGAAACCAUCCCAAGCGGAGGCGGAUCAGCAGCGCAGAGAUGUCCCCAGCCGAUACACAGGCAAGCAGUACAUGGCCACCGGAUCGGACCGGACCCCCUCCACAAGGGAGAGUGGGACAUAGAAGGAAAAGAAAAGAAACGGCAGAUCAACUGGUCUAAAAAGGGAGUCUAUUUAAAGGCUAGAGUAUACAAAUGAGUUUUAAGGUGAGACUUAAAUGCUUCUACUGAGGUGGCAUCUCGAACUGUUACCGGGAGGGCAUUCCAGAGUACUGGAGCCCGAACGGAAAACGCUCUAUAGCCCGCAGACUUUUUUGGGGCUUUGGGAAUCACUAAUAAGCCGGAGUCCUUUGAACGCAGAUUUCUUGCCGGGACAUAUGGUACAAUACAAUCGGCAAGAUAGGAUGGAGCUAGACCGUGUAGUAUUUUAUACGUAAGUAGUAAAACCUUAAAGUCACAUCUUAAGUGCACAGGAAGCCAGUGCAGGUGAGCCAGUACAGGCGUAAUGUGAUCAAACUUUCUUGUUCUUGUCAAAAGUCUAGCAGCCGCAUUUUUUACCAACUGUAAUCUUUUAAUGCAACAGCCAUACAGGUCACACAGAGGGUGGCCGAAUAAACAACUUUAACACUGUUACAAAUAUGCGCCACACUGUGAACCCACACCAAACAAGAUUGACAAACACAUUUUUGGGAGAACAUCCAAAACACAACAUAAACACAAAAAAACAAAUACCCAGAAUCCAAUGCAGUCCUAACUCAUCUGGGGUACAAUAGCGCCACACUGUGAACAAACACCAAACCAGAUUGACAAACACAUUUUGGGAGAACAUCCAAAACACAACAGAACAAAUACCCAGAAUCAAAUGCAGCCCUGACUCUUCCGGGCUACAAUAGGGAGCGGGGUUGGAGGGGGGGUGUUUAUUGUAGCCUGGAAUAGUUAGGGCUGCAUGGGAUUCUGGGUAUUUGUUAUGUUGUGUUACGAUGCGGAUGUUCUCCCCAAAUGUGUUUGUCAUUCUUGUUUGGUGUGGGUUCACAGUGUGGCGCAUAUUUGUAACAGUGUUAAAGUUGUUUAUAUGGCCACCCUCAGUGUGACCUGGGUGGCUGUUGAUCAACUAUGUCUUGCAGUCGCUUACGGAGUCUAAAAGUAUUUACAACAACAUGCGGCUAGGCUGGCACGCCUUUUAGGCAGUGUCACCAAAGUAAUAAUAUUGUUGUUAGGGUGAAAUUCGAGAAAAUGAUUAUCCCCGGAGGGGCACUGACAUUGGGAGUCUCCCGAGGAAAAUCGAGGGUAUAAAAGUAUGACGCUGUAAAGCGCCAUUGAUGUGAAACUCGCAGGCCGCACCAACAUUUAAUUUUCACAUCAAGGUGCGGGCCGGAAAAUAACGUGUUUGAGACCCCUGCUUUAAAUGAUGACUUCACACAGAAUGCUCUUUUCAAAGCCUUUAAUGGUUUCAUAUUUUUCCAAAGAAAUGUUGCAAAAAGAAUCUGGAAAAAAAGGAAAUACAAUACUUUGGGUCAACUUUUUUUUUUUUUUUACCAAGUUGUUUUACGACGUUACAUUGAAAUAAAGAUGAGCAAAUCUGCCUUACUUGUCAAUGCAAUUAAAGGUGAUUGCAUCCAAUGUUUUUUUUUUUUUUUUUGUACUGUUCUGGAGAAUAAAUAUUUGUUAAAAACA